UGUCCGGUCUGCACGGAGAUGCUGCAAGUGGGCGACGAGGUGCAGCUGUUGCCCUGCAAGCACAGCUACCAUGCGACUCUCGGCUUGACGCCUUGGCUGGAGCAGAACAACUCGUGCCCCAUCUGCCGCCAGGAGCUGCCCGCGGACGACCCGCACUAUGAGGCGUGCAAGGAGCGGGAGGCG